UGUCAGUGGUCCUGGACCUCGGAGCAGAAUGGCUGCAGUCCCAGAGCUCUCCUUCCUGCUGGUCUCUCUCAUCAGCAGCAUCCACGCAGGAGAACACAUCUUCAUCAGAGAGGAAGGAGACGACUACACCUUCACCCCCCCCAAGACCACCUCCUGCCUGAUCUCCAGGUCUGUUGGGGGGGAGAACCUGGUCCUGUGGAACACCUCUGACCUCUGGUCCAACCAGUCCUCCGUACCUGGACCCCUGAAACAACGACUGGUCAGCGAUGUGGAGACUUCUUCUUACAGGAUCCUCAACCUGACCCAGUCCGACUCCGGCCCGUACCGAGAGGAGUGCUGGACCGAGGGCACCGUAACCCAUGGCAACAACAUCACUAUCAUGGUUUGUUCUUCAAUAGAUCAGAGCUUUAUGCUGUGGUCCAUUUUAACAGCGAGACCUGGAGAAACAGUGGACCUGCCAUGUAGGGGAGCAGCUGGUCAUCUGGACGUCCAGUGGAUCAAACAGGACUCUGGACAUGAGCAGGAGACAUGGAGCAGAGUUUUUGGGGACAAGACGACAUCAGAGAUGGACGAUGUUAGAGGAAGAUACCAAGUGGUGACAAAUUCAUCAGAUCUUCAUGUUUCCAGCGUCACGGCAACGGACUUUACAGACUACAGAUGUCUGGUGAUGGACCAGCAGUGGUGUGUCAGCAGUGAGGAUGUAGAGUUGAGACCAUCAUCUGAGGUGAUCUACAGCUCAGAGGGACAGACCGCCGUGUUGCCGUGCACCAUCACUGACUCCACUGAUGAACAGCCCCCCCGCUGGUCUGACAGGAUCUCAUCUGACCUAGGACUACUGAACCAGACUGAUCCUUCAGUAGACCAGAACUGGUGUUUUCAUCUCUGA